AUGCAGAUGACCAUGCAGAAUGCAGUUCAGGUGUGGUUUGGAGAUGACCUUCCCUUAAGUCCCCGAAGUCCUCUGACUCCCAGACAUGGGCCAGGUUUGGCAGAUGUGUGCCUGUAUGACCAAUGGAUAUCUGUGCGGCAUGAAGCAACUUUGGUGCCUAUGCAAGAAGAUCUGUCAAUCUGGCUCUCUGGCUUGCUGGGAACAGAAGUCAAAGCAGAACAACUGCUAGAAGAACUUGAUAAUGGGGUACUACUCUGCCAACUGGUUGGUGUUCUUCAAAACACAAUUAAAAAAUGUUGUAGCUCAAACAAUUUAAGGAAUUUUCCUAUGAGAAAAGUUCCAUGUAAGAAGGAUGCUCCAUCAGGAUCUUUUUUUGCCAGAGAUAAUACAGCCAACUUUCUUAACUGGUGUAGGGCCAUUGGAGUUGAUGAGACUUAUCUCUUUGAAUCUGAAGGUUUAGUUUUGCACAAGGAUCCAAGACAAGUGUAUCUUUGUUUGUUGGAAAUUGGACGCAUUGUAUCCAGGUAUGGAGUUGAACCUCCUGUACUAGUAAAACUAGAGAAGGAAAUUGAGCUAGAAGAAACACUGCUGAUGACCUCUGGACCACCAUCACCUAUUAGCACAGCAAAGUCAUGUUGUCACCAUGGGGAGCUACAUGAGGCAGUUAAACAUAUAGCAGAAGAUCCUCCCUGCAGUUGUUCCCAUCGAUUUUCAAUUGAAUACUUAUCGGAGGGACGUUAUAGACUGGGAGAUAAAAUACUCUUCAUACGAAUGCUACAUGGCAAACAUGUGAUGGUACGUGUUGGUGGAGGCUGGGACACUCUUCAAGGUUUUCUGCUUAAAUAUGAUCCAUGCCGAGUGCUUCAGUUUGCAACUCUGGAACAAAAAAUCCUGGCGUUUCAGAAAGGGGUCACCAGUGAUAGUGUCCCCAACUCGUCAGCUAGAAUUCAGGAGCCUCCUGUCAUGAAUCCAAUGUCAGCUGUCAAUAUGUUUCAAAAGCAGCCAUCAAAACCCCCUAUUCCUGUUUCAGCUCUUAAGAAGGCUUUAUCUAAAUGUCCUCAGUCCCCUGCCCUGGCAUCACCAAAAGUGCCAGUGCCCCCAUCCUCCACAGCCAAGUCAUUGACAGUCAGGUCCAAAUUACAAGGGUCUUCGGUGACAGGCGUGCAGUCUCCUUUCAAACCAUUAGCUGGCACCUCAAAGAAACUGGAGUCUCCUGCACGCAACUCAUCAGCUUCUGCUCCUUCGCAGCCUGUAGGCAAAAGCUCUUCAUCUGCAGGAAUGAGAACGGCUCUUGUUCACUCUGAAACAUUGCGCAAACGUAUUCGGUCCCCCGAUGCUGCCAAGGUGAAAAUUGCCCUGGCUCAGAGCUCCCUGGCACCAGCACUGCAUCCUGCCCUCUCGUCCUCUAAAAAACAGCCUUCUCGCUUGCCUGGGACAGCUGAAACAAUGGCUUCAAAACAGAAGCAUGUUGCCGCUAAAUGCAAACCUGUAUCUGUCACAAAAAACAAAGCUAAUUCAGUUGCUCCAAGGGCUGCCCGGCCACCUGUUACAAAUCUGCGUGCUGUUGCCAAGUUUGCACAUUCUCAGCAGCUCCUUGCAAAACCUCCUUCUGAAAAUACUAUUCAGACCUCAGGAACUGGGUCUCAGCAUCCUCAGAAAGCUCCACAAACAGCUUCUGACCUGGCGAGGAACCUGAAAACUACUUCAGUCCUAAAACACUCUGCUUCUGCACCUUCCCUUGCAGUUAGCAAAGCAUCAAAGUCACCACCUACACUGGUAUCUACAAGCAAAAACGUAUCAUCAGCUGUCAAUAAGCAGCCAAAUGUCAGUAAACCCCCUCAGCUUGGACCUACUUCAUCCAAACCUCCUGAACGCACUCCCUUAUCUGUUGUGCGGCUUCCUCAAACUUCAGCCAAAGCAGCAGUGACCAAAAAGCCAGCGCAGCCUUCCACAAAAGCUCAGCCUUCAACCAAAAACUUGCAAGCAAAUGAAAGCUUGGUCCCAGCAGCCAAGAAGCCUCUCCCUAAGGGAAAAUCAGCAACGGCGUGUAACAAAGGAACGCCAGGUGUAUCAAAAGGUCCUCUUGUGAAGAGCAGGCAAGAUGAUCACUAUUUUGUUAUGACAGGGAGUAAAAAACCCAGAAAGUAA